AUGAGAGAUAGCGUAAUGGACAAACAGCCCACUGAAAGAGCAAUGGAGGCAGACUUGUCACCAACAAAGAGUGCUAACACACCAAUUACAAAUUGUGAAGAUAUUCCCAUUAAGAUGAUCAAUCCAUUUCUCAGCAAUGACAGCACAACUAACUAUACGGUACCAAAACUUCAAGUAGACGACAACGCUACUGUGAAUCGCAGUGUUGCCAGAUUAAGUAUCAGUGAGGUACCAGUUGUAGAAGUUGAGAAUUUCAAAGCCAAGCGAAUGACUAAUACUGGUAAGAGAAGAAGAUCCAGCGCGGCUAUCAGCGCUCCAGGAAGUACUUUGAGAUUAUCAUCACACAGCGAUGAGCUUAUUGCCGAUAGAAUUAAAAACAAAGGUAAGAAAAAGAAGAAGAGAGCUCAAAAACACGAUGGUCCACUCAGCAUUAAAGUUGGAACAGAAAAACUGGCAUCCAUUAAUGUAAUGACAGGACUAAUCAAGUACCUUUAUGAUAUUACCGAUGAGCAUCGCUGGUGGGAAGAGAUUACAGGUAAAAAUUCCUUAAAGAAGAAUGUUCUCCUGUUUAUUCCUGGACUUGAACCCCAGGAUUUUGGAUUACCACAGGAUCAGAGGUUUGCUGAUAAUGUUGAUGAAUUAGCGACAAAGGGUCUCACAGGGCUAAACCCUUUUGAUAACCAGAUUACUUUCCCUAUGUCUGCACCUGGAUCAAACACUGCUAUAUUUUCUGCCUAUAAUGCAUUUAUAAAUCCACCACUACUACCUAAACAAAGGAGGGAAUUACUGAGUGAUCUAUCUAAAAAGACUAUAACUAUCUAUGACCUACUUGCAUCAGUUGACCAACUUCUAGAGAGAGAUUAUCCAAUUCAUGAAGGCACCAAAUCAUUGACCGAUAUAUUCAAAUCCCAGGUUAUUGACAUAAACAAUGAAGUGAACUCUAAGGCGACAUGGAAAAAUACCAAGGAAUUUGAACAUGAUGGAUCUCACAUUUUUGCUCUUGAUUGUGAAAUGUGUAAAUGUGAAACAGGAUUUAUCGUAGCUAGAGUAAGCCUUGUCAAUUUUGAGAACGAGGUCAUUUAUGAUGAGUUAGUCAUCCCAGAGGCUCCUAUUGUUGAUUACGUUACCAAAUAUAGUGGUAUGACUAAAGAAAAGUUGGAUGGUGCUACUAAAACUGUGGAACAGGUACAGGAUGACUUACUAAAUAUUAUCAGUGCAAAUGAUAUUUUGAUAGGACACUCACUUUCUAAUGAUCUGUCUGUUCUACGAAUCAGACAUCCCAAUAUAGUUGACACUGCAAUAAUAUAUGAUCACCAGGGAGGCCCACCUUUCAAACCAUCUUUAAAAUAUCUUGCUAGCGAAUAUCUAAAUAAGGACAUUCAGGCUGAAAAUGGUGAUGAUGGUCAUGACUCAAUUGAAGAUGCCAGAACAUGUAUGGAAUUAACAAAACUAAAAAUUCAAAGAGGUAUGGCAUUUGGAUCCCACCUAAGAACGGAAAAUAUAUUUGACUUACUUGAUGCUCGCGGAAUAAAGUCCUUAGUUUUAAACAACACAGUUCCAAAGAGUCAUUUCAAGACAGACAGCAACAUAGGCACUAUAUUUUGUGAUAAUGACGAUGAAGUGUUCAACAGCAUUAUAAAUAACAUAGAGCAGUACGAUUUUUUUGUUGGUCGACUAAGAGCUCUUGAAUUUGCAAGAGGAUAUGCAAUACCUAAGAAUGGUGUAGUAUUAAACCAAGAAGAUGUUCUGAAAAACAUCUGUGAACAGAUCAAUAACAUUUAUGAAAAGGUACCUUCGGGAUCACUUAUCACCAUACUGUCAGGUAGUGGCAAUACGAAGCAAUGGAUGGCUUUAAUGAAUAAGAUCAACACAUGCAAUUCUAAAGAGGAGAGGAAACAACUUCGAAAAGAUUUGAAUGAAGAGCUAAAGGAUACCAUCAAGAUUGCUCGUGACGCUGUGGUUGAAAUAAUAAUAAAAUCCUAA